AUGAGAAACCUUACCACCGUCACAGAGUUUAUCCUCCUGGGACUGUCAGAUGACCCAAAGCUGCAAGUGGUCAUCUUUGUCUUUCUCUUCAUCACCUACAUGCUCAGCAUCAUGGGGAACCUGACCAUCAUCACCCUCACCCUGCUGGAUUCCCACCUGCACACCCCCAUGUAUUUCUUCCUCAGGAAUUUCUCCUUCCUAGAAGUUUCAUUCACAACUGUCAGUAUACCCAGGUUCCUGAGCACCAUUAUGACAGGAGAUAAAACCAUCUCGUUUAAUGACUGCAUAGCUCAGUUAUUCUUUUUCAUUCUCUUGGGGGUCACUGAAUUUUACCUGCUGGCCGCCAUGUCCUAUGACCGGUAUCUCGCCAUCUGCAAACCCCUGCACUACCUGACCAUCAUGAAUCGCAGAGUGUGCACGCUGCUCGUCUUGUCUUCGUGGCUGGUUUCCUUCUUCAUUAUCUUCCCUGCCCUCUUGCUGGUCUUAAACCUGGACUACUGCAGAUCUAAUAUUAUUGACCAUUUCACCUGUGAUUAUUUUCCCCUGCUGCAACUUUCUUGUUCAGACACAAAACUCCUAGAGAGAAUGGGGUUUUUCUGGGCUGUGUUUACUCUGAUGCUGACUCUGGCUUUGAUAUUUCUGUCCUACGCAUACAUCAUCACCACAAUUCUGAGGAUUCCUUCCACUAGUCAGAGGACAAAGGCCUUCUCCACCUGCUCUUCCCACAUGAUUGUCAUCUCCAUCUCUUAUGGAAGCUGCAUCUUCAUGUACAUUAAACCCUCAGCAACAGACAGAGCGUCCCUGAGCAAAGGUGUUGCUGUGCUAAACACCUCGGUUGCCCCCAUGUUGAACCCCUUUAUCUACAGCCUAAGGAAUCAGCAGGUUAGGCAGGCCUUCCUGAAUGUGGUCCGGAAGCGUGUGUUUUUCAAGAGUCCAUGA